CGCCUGCCCCGAAGUGCCGCCGAGCCCGGCGUGCCCGGACGCGCCGGCGCCGAACCCGCAUGUGGACCCCGCCGAGGCCCCUGCGGUGCCGCCGUCUGUGCGGAUUCCUCCGUCGGUCGCCACCGCCUGGGCGACGACGGUGACGGUGCUGGUGGCGGGCUUCGCUCUCGGCGACUUCGGGAGGGUGACGGGGAUUGCUGGUGCCGCCGGCGCCGGGCUGGGGGUGGGCGGGGACGACCAGGUGGGGCACUUCCUGUAUGCAGUGGUGGGAGCGCCCCCGUGGCGCCAGCGCCAGCUGAUGGAGCGGGGGGUGCCUUGUCCGAGUGACGUCGACGAGGAGUCGCCCGACCAACAGGUGGAGUGCGAGGUGGUGGAUGGCUCGACGGUCGACAUCGGUGUUGUGAGGUGGGCGCCUGCGCCGGCCCCGCGGCCGCCGGCAGAGCCGCGCGGCUACCGCUUCGCAGCCGCCCCGACCGCGGCGGAGUUGGCUGGCCGGCUUCCCGAGGCCGAGGCCGAGGCGCGGUGCCGCUUCGGUCCGCGACGCUCCACCUUGCCGGCGCCGAUGCCCGUCCUCGAGCGGGUCGACACGGCGGAGGACGCCGAGAUUGCCGAUCGUUCAGUGGCGCCGAGCCGUCGGCUGCUGCCCGUCCGCCUCGACUGCACGGGGGAGCUGCGCUGGUCGCCGGACCACAUCGUGCAGUGCUGCAGGGAGGGGCCGCUGAGAGGGCCGUACGCUGAGGAGCCACUUCGAGCAUUUUACAAUGAGUUGUGCGGCUUGCAGGACACUCCGUGGGGGCUGGAGGAGUGCGGGAGCGCGAUCGGCUACGUGGGGGGGGUGCUCCAGCGCGACCAAGUGGACGCGGCCAAUAUUUUGGCCGAUGAGAUGAAGUUGCGCCAGCUCCCGACCAUCGAGUGCUGUUACCGCGACGAGCUGCGGGAGAGGUCGGCGGGCUCCUCGGGGGCCCGCCUCACCGAGGACGAGCAGGCCUCCCUCGGCGCCGCCGCCCGAGUCGAGUCGAGGCUCAUGGCGCUGAUCGGCAGGGCCAUGCAGGAGCUGGAGCGCGACGCCGAGUUGGGCAGGGGCCUCCAGACGGCUCGGGGGGCCCAGGGGGCGCAGGGCAAGAAGAAGCAGGGCCAGGGGUGA